CUGUUUGGACGGGUCACGGCGGGUUUAUCGAUAUAUUGACUGUAAUAAAAAAUGGAUAAAUUAAUAUUAAUUGUUAUUGUUACUCUCGCGUUCACAUCCUAUGUCAACGCGAAGACGUUUACAAGAUGUGGACUGGUUGGAGCACUGAGGAGUCAAGGUUUUGAUGAGGCUAACCUGAGAGAUUGGGUAUGCCUGGUUGAAAGCGAGAGCAGUCGCAGGACGGACGUAGUCGGGAAGCCAAAUAAAGAUGGAUCCAGGGACUACGGCCUAUUCCAGAUUAACGAUCGAUACUGGUGUAGUAACACCUCUACAGCCGGGAAGGACUGUAACAUUACGUGUUCCCAACUCUUGACUGAUGACAUCACCGUUGCCUCUAAAUGCGCUAAGAAGAUAUACAAACGUCAUCGGUUCCUGGCCUGGCGCGGUUGGACCAAACACUGCCAAAACAAACCGCUCCCUGACAUCAGCAACUGCUAGAACAUGGUCACAA